ACCACGAUGCCGAAACAAAAGAAGCAGAAUCAGCAGCAGCCGCCGCCACCGCAGCAGCCCCUGCUGCCAGAGCGGGAGGAGAUUGGAGACGAGGAGGAUGGGAGUCCCAUCGGACCACCCAGCCUUCUGGGCCCUCCCCCCAUGGCCAAUGGAAAGCCUGGUGACCCCAAGUCAGCCCCAAACUGGAAUCCACCCACAUGUCCACCAUCAGUAGAAUGGAUAAAUAAUUUGUUGUGUGUGCAUGCAAUGGGAUACUACACUGCAAUGAAAAUGAACGAACUCCUGCUACAGGCAACCUGGAUGAAUCUCACAAACACGAUGUUGAGCGAAAGGAGCCAGACAGAAAAGAAUGCAGACUCUCUUCACAGAGGUCCUCCAGGAUCAAGGGGACCAAUGAUUCCACCACUGCUGAGUCUCCCACCUCCUCCCCGGGGCAGAGGCCCAAUUCGGGGAGGCCUAGGCCCCAGGUGUGGCCCAUAUGGUCAUGAUUGGUGGGGGGCCAAUACUGAACCUCCUUUUCCUGGACCGGGCCAUGGGGGUCCUUCCAGGGGAGGCUUUUACAAAGAGCAGAGAAAUCCUCGAAGGCUCAAAAGUUGGUCUCUUAUCAAAAAUACCUGCCCGCCCAAGGAUGGCCCCCAAGUUGUGGAAGACAAAUCCAACUGCCCUGUCUGCCGACACUUUGCCAAAAAGGGCCACUGUCGAUGUGAGGACCUCUGUGCCUUCUACCACCCAGGCGUCAAUGGACCGCCUCUGUGAGACUGUGCCUUCCCAUUGAGGCUGGAAGGAGCCCUCUGACCUAGCGGCCAUAUGUUUCCCUGUGGCCCUGUGAUGGCUACUGUGAGGCUGUUCCACCCACCACCCUCAGUCAGUGACACCCGCCCCCAUCCGCCACCUCCCCAAUUUGGGGUCCAGAGCUGUGUUUCAUCAUUGAUACCCAGUGUGUGGGCUUUCUUCUGAUCCAGCCUCCAGAGACUCGCCUUCAGCACCCCAUCUUUGCUCCCUUCAACUGCCUCCUGGAUCCUCUUCCCCCUCGCCAACGACUGCUGAACAGGAAACCUCUUUGGUGCUGUUUCUUGUGCAUCUGUCCACCCAGCCCCCAGUACUGCCCUCGAUUCCUGAGAGCCCUGGAGCAGUUUCCUACCAUUCCCUUCUUCUAGCUGCUUGUUUUAAGUCCUUUUUAUGUGACAGCCCCUACCCCCAAAGUUGCCAGUUGCUCUGUGAAACUCACCAGGUUGACCUGGGGUCAAGUAUGACUGGUGCAGAGUUACUCCCUGAAAGGCCACUCU